AUGACAGGCAACACGCCUGACACUCUCUGCUUGCUAGGAUGCGGCAAUCUGGGAGCUGCAAUUCUCGACAGCUUGCUAAACACGUCAGGCAAGAAGCCUCUCUUUUCGAAGUUCAAUUGUUGUAUUCGCAGUCAACUGUCAGAGGAUAAAUUAAAAGCUCGGUUCUCGAGCCACCUAAGUCAAUUGAACAUCUGGCGAGACCGCAAUGUCGAAGCUGUGUUAGCCUCUGACGUGAUUAUCCUUGGCGUGGACCCUUCCGACAUCGAGAAGGUCUUGACAGAGCCAGGAAUCCGGGAGGCAUUAAGCUCUAAGCUCUUGAUCAGCAUUGCAGCUGGUUGGGCCCGUCAAACGCUUGAGGAAACAAUCUAUGGAAGCAAGACAACGAAGAGCAACGUAACUGGUCGCGCAUGGGUGAUACGUACGCUCCCCAACAUUGCCGCGCAAGUCUCUCAGUCCUUGACCGCAAUCGAGAUGUCAGAACCAGUGCCGCCGAGUCACUAUCUCCAAAUUACGAAGGCGAUGUUCGACCAGAUUGGCCGCGUAGUUCAGAUUCCUCCCCAUCUCAUGAAUGCGACUACUGCAGUUGGAGGAUCCACUCCAGCUUUCUUUGCUGUUAUUUGCGAUGCCAUGAUUGAUGCCGCGGUCGCCGUUGGUGUCCCUCGUGAAUUGGCGCAUAUUAUGAUCUCCCAGUCCAUGCUAGGAACGGCUACCAUGCUUCAAAGCGGAAUUCACCCAGCUCUUCUUAAGGAUCAGGGAACGUCUCCUGAAGGGUGCACUAUUGGUGGCUUGAUGGUUAUGGAAGAAGCGGGUGUUCGAGGUCAUAUUGGACGGGCUGUUCGAGAGGCUGUGACGCUGGCUCGUCUUAUGGAAACAAAGUCGCAUGUCAAUGAUACACGACAUUAA